UGUGUAAUACGAAUAUUCUAGAAAUACCUGUUUCAAAUGAUAGUGUAAUAUUCAAUCAGAACAGCGACUAACGAUGGUCAUUGGCCCACCGCGCAAUCAACCUCUUCGCAUUUUAGUUUCUACGCUGCUGAGUGAAACGGCUACAUUUUUUAUUUUUAUUUUAAAGUCGAACCGUUUGAUUUUUUCAUGUUGAAUGUGUAAGGCUUUUUUUUUUUUUUCAUGCUUUGGAGGGUUUCCUCUGAGCUGGUGUAGUCUUGUUUUGCCAUAGCAUUGUGCAUCGCAAUAAAAGCAGACAACCUAAAAACCUAUGUAGACUAGUGCACCGUUCAGCACUCUUUUAUUGAUUCACUCUGUUGGUUCUUUUGUUUCAAAAACCUCAAUCUCCACUUGUUUGUUAAAAAGGAAUAGAGAAGCAAUGAGCAGUUAAACAUUAGAGAAUACUUUAUAAAUGGAUGUAAAAAGAAAAAGCGGCAUCAGUGAUGGCGAGAGUCUCCAAACUGACCAAGAAGUUCAAAUUGAUGGAAAAGAAUUUAAGUUCAAUUCAAAACUCGCUGAUGCGAUAAAACAUUUCAUUUACUCUAAAAAGAAACAAUCUGAAGUCGCUCAGAAAAUCAAAAUUUCAAGUGAAUCACUAAUAAUAUUCCUAGGCUCCAUUCAUAGUUAUAACAUUAAUGAAUUGUGGACCACAAAAAAUAUUUUAGAACUCUGGGAUGUUGCAAGAGAGCUUGAGAACCCCUGCCUCCUAAGAAGCUCUGAAAAAAAAGUAGGCGAGAUCCUUUCCGAUGAAAAUUUUGAGACCAUCUACAAAAAGGCCAAUCUUUAUCAAUCGCAUGUCCUGUGGAAAACCAGAAGCUUUUUGCAACGCUUCUUUUGUUCACCGAAUUGCAACAUGAGUCGAACACGUAUUUUUACCUAUGAAGAUUUUAGUUACUUUUUAAAUGAAGGGAUCUUAAAUGCGGGCAGUGAUGACAUACUUCUGAGGAGCAUUUUUGAAUGGGCUGAACACAAUGAAACGCAAGACCAAAAUAAUGGAAUCCACAAAGCAGAUGGAGAAGAGCAAGAGCAAUCCCUGAAAAGGAAAAUGGAUGUCGAGACUUCAAGUCAAGAAGACGACCCGCCUGAAGGCACGAGUUCCAAGCUCUCGAAGCUGCUAAGAGCAGCAAGCUACGGCACGGCCACAUUGGAAUGUCUUCAAGACCUCUCUGAGCAUCAUCUGUGUAAGAAAGACCCAGAAGCGAAGCUUAUCAUUUCUAAAGUCCUAAAUUACAAGCUAGACAGAAAUACUCACGGAUACUGGCCUCCCUGUGUUUCUUCUUUAUUCUGUAAGGACUAUCGCCACGUAGCUGUAGUAGCUGACCAAGAUCAAAUCAGCGUGUUGUACGUGUACAGUGACAUGUGGGUGAGACUUCCCAAAUGUCCACUCCAUACACAAAUAACAAAUGUCACUGUGUUUGACAACGAGCUCUAUGUCAUAAGCAGCGCAGGUUUUGAAAGUUUGAUCUUUGUGUUUAGAAACAACAAAUGGGAGUUUGUUACAGACCUACCUGGAAGGAAUUUCAUUGUCAUCUCCAAAGGAAACUUGAUUUACUUCAUAGACGGCACAAGCAGCAGCGUGAAAUGUGUGUCGCCGAGAGAGACUCCAGUUCUAUACAGCGAGAUCAAGUUCCCUGACAUGAUGAGAAAUCCAGAGAGCGCUUUAGACUUUGACAGAAGUAUCUUGAUUUUCUGUUCCACUGACUCUGAUGAGAGGUCGACAGUGUUUUGUUUAGACGUGCCAGAACAUAAAUGGACUGAUGUUGGAAGUCUAGAAGGUUCAGCUAAAAAUUUGGCUGGUUUCAGAAAUGAAACAAAUUACUUUAUCCUGCAAAGAGAUGGGUCAAUCAGUCAAGUGUUGAGGAAGCAAGAUGAAAGCAUUGAAUUUACAUUGCUAAAGCGUUUGUGGUCUAUUCAAAGCUCUCUACGUGGCGCCUUCAUCUACAGUGACGCACUCUACAUCUUCAGCAACACUCCAAUUGAAUGUUCCAGUCUUUGUGGAAUUUUGGGCGUAUUUUGGAACGUGGUGUACUGGCACGGUGAACAAGACGCUUCUAAAUUUGUGGAAUGUUUUUUGCCUUUUGAAACUUUACGUUUUGCAGAAAAGUUACAUACUCCAAGUUGUUAUCUACUACUGGGUUCAGAGAGCUGGUAAGGGCAUCUUCUACAUUUUUCAUAGACAAAAAUCAAUGGUGGUAAAUCAAACUGACGGUAGAGCAGCAUGACGCAAAAUAUUUGCUUUCUUUCUAUUUUGCUACGUAUCUGAAAUAAUUUAUUGAAUUAACUCUUUCUCCCCUAACUAACGAUACCAACGUUGAUUCCACCAGAAUUUGGUAAAUAAUUACGGAGAUAAAGAGUUGGGAAAUAUAUGACGUGUAGCAUUAUUGGAACAAUAUAUAAACUAUAUCGGAUAUUCCGUUCAAAUCAGCUGCGUGGCAUCGAUAAAGGCACCAUCGCUGGAUCUAUAUGAACGAAAAAGAAUGUUUUUAUAUCUAUUUGUAAGUGGACACAUAUAAAAAUGGUUUUAGCUAACAAAAUGUUUUUCUGGACAUAUUAA